UUUCCACCAAUUAUACCACUCAAUGUCGGUGGUGUGAUUUUUAUGACGAGAUUAUCAACAUUAUUACGAUAUCCAGAUUCUAUGUUGGCGGCCAUGUUUAGUGGUCGGUACCAAGUGGACAAAGACAAGGAUGACCAUUUUUUCUUGGACAGCAAUGGAAACAUCUUUGGACAUAUCUUGGAAUAUUUACGGCAUGGAACUUUACCGCCAUAUGAUGUGAGCAGCUUAGUUCAUCGUGAUGCUAUGUAUUAUGGACUUAUUGAACUUGCACAAAGGUUAUCUCUGAAACCAGAAUUAGCUGCGCUUGCAGUACGUGAGGCACACAGAUCUCAAUUUCCAAAUUACCAGCAAAUCAAAGAAAAUGUGAUAAGAGUAGGAAUCGAAAAUGCUACUGUUACCAAAACUGGCGGUGUCACAAUUCAUGCAUUUCGUGCCGAAUUUAAACCAAAAGUUCAGAACUUUAAUCCAAAACAUGGCUGCGUGGUUGAACAGGCGCAUGUGACUAUUGGACCAUGGGAAGGUAUGGCAGACGAAGAAGUGUUUAUUCGGUGUUUAGAAAGUGAUCUCAUUGAAGAAGGCUUCAAUAUC